AUGGAGGUGUCGGCUACCUCUCGCCCUCGAAUCCCUGAACUGCCCAACGAGGUCCUCCAGAACAUUUUUGACCAUAUCCGCCUCCAAGAACAUCUCAAGAAUGUCCGCCUGGCCUGCAAACUGUUUGCCAUGCUCGUAGAGCCUUGCCUGUUCCGCCGCAUGGUCUUGGUCCCCUAUAUCGACUGCCUCGAACCUUUUGCUCGAUUGAUGCGGGACAACCCAAUUGCCCGUCAUGUCAAGAGCAUCUGGUAUGACGUGAAAUGGAGAUACACCGCGGGGCUCCAUCCCUGUCGCUCGGUUCAGCAAACAUACGCGAUCAGAGACAAAAUGUCCGCUAAUGGUCUCCUAUCCCUCCGCGACGAAGGCUUGGAGAUAAUGCUGCUGUCAGAGUGUUGGAAAGUACUUCCCUCAUUACGACGAGUCUUUAUAGAAGAACUCCUACCUCGUGAGAUCGAUCCAGAUCGACGUAUGCCCGUGAUUGGCAUGAUACCGUCCUACCUUUCACGACUUUUCAGAGAUGCAGGUGCUGGCGAUCCUGACCUUGAGAGGGGUGCAAGUUUUCAUCCCCGCCACGAAUUUGUCCCGGCCUCCAAAGCGCUGUUACUGUCAUGUUACUCGGCCGGGACAAGACUCUCCGAGUUGGCCCUGUGCCAACUCGAUUCGUCUACCUUCCUGAGAGGUCCAGGCGCGAUCGGCGCUAUCAAAGAGCUUUCUAUGUACCAGACCGUCUUCGGCCAGCUCAAAGACUUGAGUCUAUCCUUUGAACAUUCCCCACAGUCAAUUCCCUCGUUAGUCGAGCGUCAAAAUUUUGCCCGCCUUGUCACUGCUGCUUCGAAGGUUCAAACCUUGUCCCUAACAGGCCCAGCCAAGCAAGGGGUCAACCUGCCCGAUUCUCAAGCUGGACAUUCCUGGCUAGCUUCUAUUGUCAGAGAUGGCGAGGGCAAGAUCAGCAACAAAGUCGUUUUCCCACAUCUUACUGUGUUGGAUCUCUCCUGCAUGCCCGGUCAAGAAGACGAGUUGAUUGCUUUGAUCAGCAACCACAGGAAUACCUUGAAACAUUUGACGAUGUCAGAUAUGAUGCUAGUCCCGGCGUCAUCCGACGGGCCUUCUCCCUGUUGGAUCCGUCUGUUCAAACAGAUUCGAUCCUACCAGAUCGAUGUGGAAUUGGAAGCCUUCUUCUCGAAUUCCCGCUCCCAAUUGUUGCGCGUUGGCUGGGAUCUCAGUCCUCCCGCCUCUUCGCUGAAGAGCAUGAUGCUGAAGUGGCUGCGUGGAGAAGGGAGUGAAGAAUGUCCUAUGCAGCGAGCCGCCGUCAAGUCCGACCUGAAAGGAGCCGACAUUGAGCCCAAGGAAGAGGAUUUCUUCGAGGGCGAUCGAACAAUCAGAAUGCUGCGGGUUCCUAUAUACCUUAAUGACGACCUUAGCGGCGACGACGACGACGACGACGACGACGACGAGAGCGACAGCUACGGCGACAUCAUGGACAGUGAGGACUCCUGGCCCGAAGAGUUCGACGAACGGUACGACGAUUUCGACGAGUUCGACCAAGAAGGAUAUUAUUACUACUCGGGAUUCCAUCAAGACUCAAUGCUUGAUGAGAUGCUUGACUCGCUUGGCGCUCCUGAAUAUUGA